AAGAUUUUAAAAGUUUCUCAGUAAGCAGAUGUGAAAGAAUUCUCUGGCCAUAUCCCUCCUGGUUUGAAUACCACUCAAAGGACAUAAGAAGGGGAAAGAAUCAUCAUAUUUUAUUCUUUUCAGCUUCAGUAUAUUUUGGGUAUGGCCAGUAUCCACGUGCUUCUUUUACUGUCAGGAGUACUCCAUUUUUGUCUGUCUUUCUUGUACCGUCAUCAUAUUUUCAUGAAGCAAGGCAUGACCUGGCCUGAGUCUCAGGGGUACUGUCGAACCAAUUACACAGACCUAGUAACAAUCCAGACUAAGAUGCAGAUGAAGCUUAUUAUUAACAUGAUAACUGGUACAGAUAUCCCUGCUGCAUGGAUUGGCUUAUAUCGAAAAAACAGUACUGACCUUCUACAUUGGUCCAAUGGAGAUCAGUUCAUGUACUCACAAUGGGACCUUAAACACCCUGGUCAGGAAACCAACAUGUGUACUACCAUAUCAUCAGUGUGGCCAUCAGUGUGGCAGAACAUGGAUUGCAACAAAUCACUUUAUUUAGUCUGCUUUCAAGCAAGCCAAACCUUCUACUUUCUUGUGCGACUUGGGAAGACCUGGUCAGCAGCACGGGACUACUGCAGAGCACACCAAGCUGAACUUGUUAGUAUCAGGAGUGAUAGAGAAAACCAGAAGGUGAAAAGUAUCAUAUCAACUCACACUGUCUGGAUAGGACUCUACUGGGAUUCUUCCAGUGGGCAGUGGCAGUGGGCAGAUGGGGCAUUUUCAUCUUAUCAGAACUGGGCUCUAGAAGAACCAAAUAAUUAUGGUGGAAAUGAGUUAUGUGCAUACGCAUAUGUGAACAGCCCAAACAUUUCAUUGGGAACAUGGAAUGACUAUGAAUGUACAGAUGUACAAUAUUUUAUAUGCUAUCAAGACACCAUUAUAGAGUUAUACCUAAUAAAGGAGAAAAAGACGUUUAUGGAAGCCGUGUUCUACUGUAGAAUGCACUACACUGACAUUGUCAGUAUACACAGUGUCGAUGUACAGGAGCAAGUUGUAUAUGUUGCCAGUAAUGCCAGUGGGGACGGGGUAUGGAUUGGAAUAAGAAAGCAUCAGGUGUCUGGUCAGUGGAUCUGGAUGAAUGAAGAUCCAGUUUACUACACCAACUGGGAUGCACAGUCAGCAGAAAGCACAGCCUCAGAUGACUGUGUGGUGAUGAGAAAGGACAAAAACUUUACUUGGAGGGACAGCUGCUGUUCAUCUAGAUAUGAGUUCAUCUGUUACAAGUAA